AAGAACUAGCUAUUUUUAUUAUCGGAGAAGCAGAUCGAAAUCUACCACUGCCACGCUUCUCUCUUCUUAUUACUAUCAGACGCGUCUUCGUUUAGGUGUCUCACAAGUUUCUUCAUAGUGCAACCACGUUUCUGCGCAUAGGAAAAGCAAGUACUUCAGUUACACUUCGCAUUUCCCUUAAUUUGACACUAAGUUUGUUCUUUCUUCCCCUCCUGGUGUCCAACUCUUCUAAGUAUUCAAAGUCAACAAUUAGUAAGGAAUUUCUUGCAUCUUUCUGAGAAGAAGAGAAUAUGAAGCCUCAGCUGCGGGAGCAGCAAGACAAGGAGAUCACGCGUGGCGACGUGGAUAGCAACCCCAAAGUUGAAGACGAACCAUUUCCCAAAGUCGAAGAUGACCAUGAGGAAACUGAGAAUGUGCAUAACAACGAAGAACAACUGGUUAUGAAUUCUUCACAAGAAACUACCUUACUCACGACCGACAGCGUGGGAACAUGAUAAAGAUCAAAGAGCUCUCUGAUCGUUAUCGUGUUUACACAACUAUUUGAAGAACUUGGCAGAGAAGUUUAAUACUAAGAAGUGGAACUACACUGCCAAGAUUCUUGGUUUUCUCAGACGAGUAAGCUUUUUCCGUGUCAUAGUACUAGGCGGAGGUGCUUACGACAAGUCGAAGAAAUCAAGUAGUGCAACUGACGAAGAACAAGGAGUUGCACAGGGGCAAGGCAAAGCUACUACCUCUACCACGAAUGAAGUUCAGGGUGUCAAUACUGAUGUUCAUGAUGAGGAAGAAGCAGUCGUGAAGCAAAAUAAAACGGUCAUUACUUUUGGAACUUUUGACUUAUUCCAUUUGGGUCACCUGCUGAUAUUAGACCGCGCAGCGGCUUUUGGGAAUCGCUUAGUCGUAGGAGUCUCCAGCGACGCUUUAACGCUCCGCAAAAAAGGGAAAAAGCCUAUCUUUGACGAAGCAGCACGCGUUCAACUGGUCAAGAGUUUGAAAUGCGUGGAUGAGGUAGUGGACUAGUAGUACAGUACUGACUGUGUUGUGGCUACUAGUGGUACUAGAAGCUGUAUUAUAGGAACAGUUGCUUGCUUUUCGUAUGCUGGUCAGAACAAAGUAUUUUCUAAGUCAAACCUCCAACCGUGGCAAAUUUACUUAACGUGUAUCAAAGUACUCGAAAAACUGUGAAAUAAGCGAGUAACAGUUAUGUCAGUUGUUCGAGUACUUUGAUACACGUUACGUAAAUUUGCCACGGUUGGAGGUUUGACAGCGAAAAGGCCAAUAGGAAUCCACUCAACAGUCCUCGUUUUCCCUCCUCAGGUUUUUAUCGAGCAUUCUUUGGAAGAGAAGCGUCAAUAUUGCAUCGAACAUGAGGCGUCAAUCUUUAUCAUGGGAGACGACCACCUCGGUCGCUUCGAUACUAUGCUGAAAGGUAAGAAGUGUUUUUUUGACUCAAGAAGCUUUUGGGAUUCACUACUUCAAAUUGAAUUUUAUCCUAAGUAAUGGUCUCAACAUUGUAAAGUAUUUUUCCCUUGACUCUAUCAUUAAUGACCACUCAUUCCCAUCACUCCUUUUGUCAUUCGAAAAUUCUCAUCCUAUGAAAAUCAAGGUGUUUGCGAAUGCCACUACUUACCGCGAACCAAGGGAGUUAGUUCUACAGAUAUCGAGAUUAUUUUGUCCGAACGUCUAUCAAAAACCGGCGUGUUGGACAAGGCGGCGAAGGAAAUGCUGGAGAAAAGCUUGUACUUAUGAUGUGUUCUUCUCUAGCUUGUAUAGAUCAAGAUGAUGUGUUGUAUCUAUAAGUAACAUUCGUAGAAGAUGUGCUACUCAAGCAUCCACUUCUCACCUCUUAUCACGCUUUCUACUUCUCUUCCGGUGGUAUUUUCUUGUGCGACGUACUUUUUUUGAACAAGAAACUCCAUGAUCUUUAUCUUUGGCACUUGUUACCUCCAGGUGGACCUUUUCAAUUUCAUAGGUACGACAGCUUGAUAAGCGAGACACCAGUGAAAAAAGAAAAGGCAGACGAAGAAUCUGACAGUGACGCUGUCCCAACGCCGACACCGAUUGUCGUGGAUAGUCACUUGCCAUCGGGACGACUUGUUUUCGAGGAAAAUAUUAUGAGAAGAUACAAAAUAAAUAUGACACGAAAAAGCGUACUCAUAGACUCAAGAAAAGAGGCUUCUUCCUACUUAGAAAGAAGUGCCUACUUUCUUGAGGAUGAGUACACUUUUUCGUUUCAUAAAAAACAUUUAACACUAGAAGACGCAUAGAGCUUUUUUCCUGGUAGAGCUAUUGACCUUGGCUAGUUGUUGCAGCUGGAGUGGUACCUCCUUGUACAUCACCAAGAAGAGUGAAGUUUACUACAACAAGCGACAGCGCCAGGGGGUACUGAAAAACCUAGAAGUAGUAGUAUCGGCGUUUUUUUGCAGUUACGGUUUUGCUCUCUAAUCCCCAGAAAAGUUCUCGUUUGACGGAAGAGAACCUGAAAUCGUGGACGACGGGAAACAAAAGUGGCGUGCGACCGAAUCUUGGAGGGGAUUUGUUUUUAAGGCAAGAGAGAACUUUCAGAAGUGAUAUGAUUCUCUCGACUUCUAUUGUUGUUCGUUCGUAGCAGAGAACAAGCUAUGUGAUCAAUCAUAUAAUAGAUUCUAAUCAAGCAUGCAAACCACACAAUCGUACUUCUAAUAUUUUCCGUUGACGCCAAUACAAACGCGGACAUCGAUAGAGCAUCCGCAGGCACUCCUGGUGUGCAAAACACCAUAGGCUCAACAUCUUCUACGACUCAGGAAACAAGCUCGGGCUCUUUCAAUGGCGAUAUGAAAAUACAGCCACAAGUGAACGAAACAGCGAGUGAUCUGAAGCGUUCACCGUCUACUGCAACUACAAUCGCGUCGCUCCCCACAGGAGCGUCGCAGAUGCUCUUACUGGGAUCGUCGCCAGAUAGUAAAAUGCGGUCUCGAUGUGAAAAAUCUUGCAAAAAGGAGGAAGAACAAAACAAAGAGGCUACGAUGCUGAAUGGGUCGUCACAAGGUGGAAGCCAGGUGGUUGGCAGCACAACAAUUACUAGUACAUCAAGCGGUGACAAUACUCAGACUCGCAUGAAGCAGCACGCAUCCUGCGAUGCGUCUGCAACGAAUCUAGUACGUGGGCAGCGAAGUACCAGCGAUUUAACAGUAACAAGAGCAGUAGACUCGUUGAUGUACUUCUUGGUGUACCUGCAUUUAUGAAAAACAUGGUAGACUGGUAAAUGCAUUUUUAUAAGCUAACCAAGAAAAAAGAGGAAGUCAUCUACUCUUUCGAGUUCUCAAUCUCGCAGAUGAAGACACAGAAAAAAGCAAAAAGAACACUUACUCAGUCAUUUAGAAAAAAACUAAAAGAGUCAAAAUGAAGCGUAGCCUUGGGUAAUGAUGUUUUUGAUUCGUUUCUUGCUUUUCUAUGCAUCCGAAUCAAGUCCUGAACUUACACCUCAUGCUAGGUAAAUGAGGGAAUGAAUGGCGGCCUAUGAGGACUUGCUUAUCAUGUCUACCAGAACUACGAUCCCUGAUCCAGCAGCAAUUCCUGUCCCUCAUUGACUCAUCUUGGUCUUCUUCUAACGGCCGAUGUGUAUUACCUAUGGAUCCAAUACAUCUGUUCUCCUCUUUGCCGUGCUAUGCCAAGAGAGGUUGCAGGGGUUACCGUCUUUAGCGCAAAUGCCGUGACCUACGCACGCACCAUGCUGACGUUGGUCAUCUGCUUCUUACUGAAGUGUGGAUCUUAUCCUUACACAGCUGCUUUUUUGGUGAUGUACCACGAUUUUUUGGAUCACGUCGAUGGCGUUGUAGCGAAGGUUCAGAGGGAAGAUGGACGUGCAGCGGAGGACGACGCGCGAUGGGGUGGCUUUGUUGAUGCGCAAUGCGAUAAGAUCGUAUUCUGCACAUGCUUGUGGACACUGAUAAUCUUGAAUCAAGUGCCGGGGAUGGGAGAAAACGGAGGUACUGUAUGUUUCUUUUUCGAUGUUGAAAAAUAGGAAUCUUCUGACGUACUUAAUGGGACAUGAUGACGACGAUGACGACGUACUUUGCUCAAUACUAAAUCACCCCAGCAUCUGAGUCUUGAUCUUAUUUUAGACAACACUACAACAGCUUUUCUCGGAUACUCGUUGAUGGUUACGUGCUUUGGGUUGAUCUUAAUGGAGCUGGCUAUCGCAUGGGUGCGCACACGAGACUACUUUCAAGCAGUGUAUUGUCAGAACGCCAAGACGCAGGGCGCACUGCGAGCGAUUAGCGAAGGAAAGCUGAAGCAGAAGAUGGAGAGCUGCGGGGUAUGAAUUACGAAUUUUUGUUUUGGAUUGCCAGCAAAAUUGUUGUUGUUGUUAAAAUGCAUUGAUGUCAACAUGAUGAUCGAUUUUGUGCUUUCAUUCCCAUGUAAGUCCCCUAAACCACCUGAACCCUGAAGGUAGCUGUUCUGUGCCUCAUCGCACCAACGCCGUGCGCUUUUCCAGCGACGUGCACUAUGGGUAUUGCUCUGUUGUGGGUGGGAAUAUACUUCGCCUACAAAAGCUUAGAGCAUAAGCUCCGCCACUCUGUUUCUGCCUAACUUAUGUUUAGGGGGCGAUAGUAUGGUACAAUAGAGAAUGCUAGAUGAACGACUGGACGAAAAUGCAUCUGCAUGUUGUCCAUCAUGUAUUGGAGAUGAAACAGUAUCGGUUCGAGUUUUUAGCACUACAUGUAUAUUAAUAAAUUUUGUGCAUACAACAGUAUAUUAUGAUUUUGCAAUCUCAUGGCCGCGGCCAGUAUGUGAUUGCCUGGACGAGACAUGGAUUGCCACACACAUUGGUGGAGCAUCAAACAACAUGAACAUUAUGAUAUAUGAGUGAGAAGUUUUUCCAUCUUUAAGUACAGAGCAUUUAGGCUCACCACUUGGCCCUGAUAAGAAGAAGGCAGUGAUAGCGGGAGAGGGUUGUGCACUGGAUAGAGAUGUUAUAUGUAGUAGAUGCAAAACCUUCUCUCCUCCGUAUGUCAUCAAUACCGUUCUUUUCAACACCAAGAAAUGUAAAACUGCGCGUUUUUUCUUGGAGGCGUAAAAUUGCUUAUUCAAAUUGAAAAAAAUUGAGCAAAUCAACACUUAUUAUUCAAAAGGUACCAAUUGAGGGGUUUAUUUACAUUACUUACUUUGGAUCUUAGCUUGUGUCAUCGAAUUAUAGUUUCUUGUACUUACUAGGAAGAAAAUAGACGUUAAAGUUAUGUUCAGAAUACCAUUUGGGAGUGUCGUAGCCGUUGAAAGGACACGACCACAUGGCACACACAUUAUAUUUAUCACUACUGGUAGUUGGCAUGUUAUGGACAUUUUUCUAUCCAUGCGAGUAGAAAGGAGGUAGGACUACAUUAGCGGCGGUUUUUAAAUGAAGUUUGAAAGCCAAAAAUUAUCUGAAGAAGCUGGAGGAGGUACGGGUAGUUAUAUUGAGGUGACGACGAUACACAAAAAUAUUGGUGUCGACAGUUCGAAUGGUAGUGGACGACAAUGUGAUAAGGCGAAAGAACUGAAAUUUGAAAACGUGACACAAUCAAGAAUAACUAGAGGGGGAGCAGCUGCAGCGUUGUUUAUCAUUUCAUCACACGAUGACUAGUGCGUGGGUGGACGUAUAAAGGAGUAGUUUUACAUUAAAUUAUGGAUGAUCUCUUUGUCUUUACUCCAUGCGAGAAUACGAACGGGUUACAUCAUUAGUCACAAUUGCAGCUGCGUUGAGUUUGCUAUCUUGGCAACUCGCGUUGGUUUUGCAGACCCAAUGCUUCCUACGUAAUCCACAUCAAAGCAGAUCCAAUGAAAUUUUUAAUCUGAAGUUUCAAUUUAGCAUCAAAUGAGUCAGCUACUUGCGUUUACUGUGUGAAAUUUAUCAAUCGAGCAGAGCUGUUUUUUAUUUCCCCACCACGUAAUAAGACUCAUACGUAUCACACCUCAUCCCCAGCGCAUGCCAUCCCUAGAAGUCUCGCAAUGAGAUAUUAGAGCGCUCCUGCUCGUCGUGUCACGUACAGAAGUUGAGUUGUGUCUCAUCUACAUCUUUCGUAUCAUCAUUACAGCCUUGCUUUUCUAAAAGUAUCGCCUUUGUCGUGUCUGAGCCUGCCGGUCAUGGGGUUGUUACUUACACGUACUUCUGCAAGACGAAGAGACCCUGUGUCGGGAGAUGCGACGCUUAGACUAAUCAUGGUUGCAGGCUCGAUGUCCAAGCACAUAGGUCAGCAUAUCAGAUUUUGACGCCGAGUAUAUUAUGUCGACCAAAUAUAUGGUGAAGAUGGCGUCGCACAGACUCGCUCUAUGUCUUGUGAUCGGAAGGAGAUUACUGCUUACGAGAAAGCAGGAAUUCAGGGACAACCUACCCUGCGCGAGAGUCCUUCUUAAAUUUUGUACCGCGUGGUAGAAGAACAGAUACGCGGAGGUCCUAAGCAACGAUCAGAAAUGUUGGC